AUGUCGCUGAAAUACGGGCUCAAUCUCAAGAAGAAGGCGGCAGCGCCAACGCGGAAGACGUUGAAAGGCCUCGACGACGAAGAUGGCGACGAUGACGAGCCGAAGCAGGUCGGGGAAGUAGUGGAGGAGAUAAGCACAUUCGGCGGCAGCAAAUCUGCCUCGACAUCGAAACCCACACCUGCACCUGGCCUCACUGGACGACCGAAGCCCAAACCACAAAGAAAAGAUGGCGAAGACUUUGGUGCAGAUCUGUCAGCUAUGCAAGCCUCGAAAGCGCAAGUGAAAGCUGCACAACAAGUCGACGAAGCAAUCUUCGACUACGACUCCUUCCACGAUGCAAAGCAGUCCGUCGCAGACGCCAAGAAGGCAGCUUCAAAGCAAGAUGCGAUCGAGCGAAAGCCAAAGUACAUCAACAACCUCCUCGAUGCAGCCGAGCGACGCAAGAAGGACCAACAAGUCGCCAUGGAGAAGAAGCUGCAGCGUGAGCGAGAGGAGGAAGGAGACGAGUUUGCUGAUAAGGAGAAGUUCGUGACGGGUGCUUACAAGGAGCAGCAGGAAGAGAACAAGCGCCUGGAGGAAGAGGAGCGGAGGAAGGCGGAGGAAGAAGCCGCGAAGAAGAAACGGUUGGGUCUGGGCAAUGGUAUGCAAGGCUUCUAUCGCACCAUGAUGGAUCAAACGGAGCAACAACAUCGCGAAGCCGUGGAAGCUGCUGAGAAGGCUGAGAAAGAAGGCGUCAAGCUCAGCGACAACAAGGUACAGAAGAGCGACGCAGAACUGGCGGCCGAACUGGCAUCUCGAGGCAAGAACAUUCACGUGAACGAGGAUGGGCAGAUCACAGACAAGCGGGAGCUACUUACUGCUGGUCUGAACAUCGUGCCAUCGGGCAAGGCUAAGGAUGACCACGCCGCGGGCCAUCUAAAAACUUCGAAUCGAUCGCAGCAGUCAGCCUUCAAGGGCCGCAAGAAUGAUGCCAAGCAAGAGACGCGUGAGAGGCAGAGCCAGAUGAUGGAGGAGCAGCUGGCGGCUCAGGCCAAACGUGCACGUGAAGAAGAGGAAGAGGAGCGUGUCCGACUUGAGAAGGCGGCCAAGUCGCAGAAGACGGACGUUGAUAUUAGUGAUGCCAAAGCACGAUAUCUCGCACGAAAGGCGGCGAAAGAGAAGGAGCGUGCUGGAGGUUGA